CAGUUGAGGAUAUAAUAUAUAAUAAUAAUAUAAUAAAAAAGAAGAAGAAGAAGAAAUAGAAGAAAGGUUGGAGAAAAAUGAAGGAAGACAAAUGGGGGUAUGCGAUACAUACAAGUUCACCAGCAUGUAUAGCUUCAAUCAAUCUGUAUUACGAGCAGGUUCUCACUUAUGGAAGGUCCCGUGGGGCCCUCAUUCUCGAUGCUGUCGAUGCUGAUCCUAAUUGCGUCCUUGCCAACAUUUUGGCUGCUCAUUUUUGUUCCUCCUCUCCUUCUGCUGCUGACCGUCUCCCUUCCCUUGUUCAUGCCGCCUCUUCCAAUCUUGAACAUGCCACUCCUUAUGAAGUUGCGGUUUUUGAAACAAUUGAGUGUUUGAUUUCACCGAAUAGGGAUGAUGAUGUGGCUCUACACUUGCAUUCCAAACUACUGAGUGAAUUCCCAAAGGAUCUUGUGUCUUUGAAGAGGGCCCAAAUUCUAUGUUUCUACAUGGGUCGACCCGAUUUAUCUUUGCAACUUGUUCAACAGGUAUUACCUUCAAAUAUCGAACAAGAUUUCGUAUAUGGAAUGCUUGCCUUUCCUCUCUUAGAGCUUGGACUUAUGGAUGAGGCUGAGAUUGCUGCCAACAAGGGUUUCCGUAUCAACAACGAAGAUCCAUGGUCACAACAUGCUUUAUGCCAUGUUUUUCAAUAUCAAUGUCGUUUUAAAGAGGCAGUGGAGUUCAUGGAAAAAUGCUCCCAUUCUUGGGCUCCUUUAUCUUCCUUCAUGAACACUCACAAUUGGUGGCACGUUGCGCUUUGUUACUUGGAAGGUAACGCUCCCUUUGAGAAAGUACGUGAUAUCUACGAGAAUCGAAUCUGGAAAGAAUUGGAUAGAAGUGAUGCUACCCCCAUUGAGGUAUACUUAAAUGCAGUUGGGUUGUUAUUGCGAGUUCAUGUAAGAGGGGAAAUUCGUUUCUUUGAGGGCCAUUUGAAGAUCUUAGCUGGUUUUCUUUCAGAUCGAACCUUUUGGUAUGCUGAGUGGCACCUUGAUCUGUUGAUAUUAUGGGCCUUAGCUUGUACCGGGAAGUUAUCUGAGGCGCAAGAUUUACUCAAUGGUUUGAAGUCAAAGGUUUCUACAAUGAAUCCAAAGAAGGGAAAGUUAAUGCAGAAAGGACUUAUGCUUGCGGAAGCUUCUUACGAGUAUGGGAGAGGAGAGUAUACUCGAGCAUUAGAGCUGCUUGGUCCAGACUUUGAUGCAGACAACUAUAAGAUGGUGGGUGCUUCUGGGGAACAACUUGAUGUCUUUAAUGAAGUUUGGUAUGUUAUGUUACUCAAUGCAGGGCAUGCUGAAAAGGCAAUUAAAGUGAUUGAGAAGCAAUUAAAGAAGAGAGAUGGAACUCCCUUUUUAUGGCGUUUGUUGGAAAGGUGUUAUCUGACAUUGGGGAAGCAAGAAGCUGAAAGUAUAGGUGCAAAGGCCAAGGCUUUAGAGAGUGCCUAUUUUUGAGUUCUAACCAAGGCACAAUCAAUCGAUCUAUACUUGUCUUAAUUGGUAACUUAAUUAUGUUGUAUAAUUACUGUAUGUGUGAAUGUUUUACAUACUUCAGUUAAUCUAUAUUUAUACCCAUAUAAGGUCGUUUAAGAACCUUAUUUGGUUAUUGUGUGAA